AUGGAUUAAGAAAUAAACCAUUUCAAUUUGCCUGAUAUCAGAGAUAAAGAUGAUUCUGAUGAUUAAGAAGAUUAUAAUCCAUUUAUCUAUCAUCAUUAACAAGAAGGAUAUCAUUCAUUUGAAAAAAUAUUUUAGAAUCAUUUUGAUGUUGUAAAUAACAGAUGGAUUACAAUUCCAAGAACCAAAAUCUAUUUACUCAGAUCAGCUAUGCAUAAAUUGAAAAAAUGGUAGCUUUAUUUAAGGCAAGAGCAUAAUAUGAUUUAAUCUAUUGUUAAAUAAAAUGAUGAUUUCAAGACUCAACUAAAAAGGAACCAAGAAUAAAAUGCUAAUCAUUAUCUUGUUGAAUAACAGAGGACAAAUCAAGUAUUCUAAAUAAAUUAUUAUUCAGUUUUAUGAGGAAAUUAGGAACUUGAGAUAGGAGUUAAAAGAUAAAGUUAUGUAAAUGAAUGAUUAAAUCUAAUAACUUAAAGAUACAAUUGCUGAAAAGGAUAAAAAGAUUUAAAGACAAGAAUUAACAAUACAAAGAUUAAAUGAUGUGAGUAAUGGGUAUGAAAAUCAAAACAAAGGUUUGCAGCAACAAAUAAACAACCUUUAAAGAGAUUUUACAUAUUUUAAUAACAUCAAGAGAUAUGGCUAUAUUGAUGAGAAGGCACUAAUUGGAGGGAAUAUAACAACAUUCGAAUUGGUUUUGGCAUCAAAGGUUAAAAGUAAGAUUUUAUAAUUCUUGUCCUUAUAGGAUUAUCAAAGUCUAAUGAUUUGUAAUCGUAAACUCUAUCUUUCCUUAAUAUGGCACAAUACGAUAAUUCCCCAUGCCGUAACUUCUCUCAGUAACAAAUUUAAUCAUUAGUACAAGUUAUUGUAAAGUGUAAAUGAGGAAUUCAAAGUAUUCAAAUUAAAAACAUCAUAUAAUAGAGUGUUAUAAAAUAGAGUGAUGAUCCAAAACUGAGAGAAAUCAUGAUAAAGUAGUUUGAAUUAAAGGUAAAUUUCUCUGAAUAUAUUAUUCCUACUUUGCGUGAAUGCUAAUCUUUAAUAGAUGGUGAUAACUUUAUAGGAUUGAAGAAUAAUCAACACAAUAAAGAUUGUAAAAUAUACAUCAUUUAUAUUAGUGAUGAAUCUAUUGGAGGGUUACUUAAGUCAAUAGGCUUAAAGUUAUUAGGCAGCAUUAUAGAGUUUGUUAUAGGAGAAAUUUCCUUGGAAUCAGUUCUUCCCAAAACACUAAACUACUGUUUAAUAGGUUUAAUUCUAGAGGAAAUAAUUUCCAACAUCUUCGCAAAUGUUUGCCCAACAAAUCAUCACUAGAUUAUAUGAUCUGAGUACAGUAUGUGCUCAAGACUCUUCAAUAUUUGGGAUGUUUUUAUCAUAAUUAUAGCGAUGUUUGGCUUCACUAUUUGUUUAUGGAUAGCAUUUGGCAUAGGAAGUAAAUGAUUUAUAGUCACUUAAUUAUUAUAUCAUGACCAAAUUUUUCUUUUUGUUGAAGGAAAAGAAAUAAAUUGAAGAUCAUUAUGAAGAUUUUAAAACAUAAUUAGCUCUAUAUUCUGAGGCAAAACGAUUCUUAAAGUAUAAAUAAUAAUUAAUAUAGCGAGAAAGUGAAGGAUUUAGAAAAGGUGAUCUUAGAUAAAAAUGAAAAAAUUAGUAGUUUAAAUCAAUAACUAUAUAUGAAGGAAAGUUAAUUGAAAUAAAACUAAAUUAUGGUCUAAAAAAACAAUGAAUCGAUUCGUUUGUAUUCAGAUAAACUUAAAAUACUUGCGAGAGAAGUUAUGGAGGUAAGAAGAAAAUAUAAAAAUACAUGUAUGGAAUACAAUCAAAUAGUGUCGAGGUUUAAUUUGUUAAAAAUUUAAUUAGAGAAAAUGGAAAAGCAUUAAAAAAAUUGA